AUUGUGCGUGAGCAACAACGGAAUUCAGUCCAAGUCAAGUUCGACGGAAAAUUAUAACUUUCACUUAAGAUCUAGGCGCAAGAAACAUAAAAGGUAUGACUGGUUGUAAUCUUGAACGUUCUGUUCCAGGUAGUGUCAAUAAUAAGAAUUUCUGAAAAUACAAGGAGAAAAUCGACGUUUCGAGCGAAGGAACUAUAGUCGCUACUAUUUCCCGAGAAAGGGCCUUCGCUCGAAACGUCCGCGAAGUUCUCCUUGUAUUUUUCAGGUAGUUGCAUCCCUUUUCUUAUGGCUGGUUGUGACGUUACGCUGUUUUCAACCUGGCUGUAGUGCCGCAGAUUGUACCGAAGUAGUAUUUUCGCCAUCUAAGCGCCGGUAUUUUAAUAAAUUGCGUGUUAAAGGGUAUAUUCAAUGUUCUGUCAAAUUAUUCGGGCUGCGAAAGCGUCAUUCUAAGUUUUCAUAUGGAAAACGUGAAUGUCUUAAAGUAUCUAAAAAAAAUUUCGCUUGUCAGUGGGAGCGCUCGCAGUAGGAAGAAAACUAAGUUAGUAAUUAGUCUUAAAUUUUACUCUAUUUUUUUUCUAGCCCUUUUCAAGAUGUAUUUUGAAAGAAACGUCGUUAUUUCGGUGCUUGUCGUUUUAGCCGUCUCCUUCCAAACAGGUGAGAGAAUUUCAUAUUUGCAAAAAGGAUAAUUUAAGCUAGCCAUAGCAUAACCGUUUGCCGUGGCUCGUUUAAGCGCCGCCCUCGAGCAAAGAGAACAAAAUUAUAGGAGAUCUAGAUUUCUGACUCGUACCUAGGGGCGGAGUAUGGCGUCACCUGUAUGCUAAAUCCAACACCGCGGCUCAACCGGGCAAAAAACCUAUAGCUAGUGUUACGAAAUCAAGGUUUUUUCAACCUCGUACCCAGGCUAUUUUACCUCGACCACGCGCGCGGCUGAGAGGCCCUGAGUACGAUCUUGGAAUCUUUAACAAGCCUCGGAACUUAUUCUCCUGCAUUUCAGGAUUUUUAUGUUAUAUUUUGUUGCUAAUUUUUUUUGUUAUCACUUGCAAAUACAAUAUUUUAUAAACAGCGCCGCCCUCAAAUAACCGGCGCAUCCGACGAGUAAAUACGGUAAUAAUGCUUUGUAUUUUUAUUUCAUAGCACAAAGUUUGGAUUGCAUCAAGUGCGAGUAUAACUCCUCUACGCCGAGCGCACAGCAAGUAUGCAACAGCAGUGUUGUGGAAACGUGCACUUUAUUGUCCACUUACUGUGAAUCGUUCGUGUUCAUCAAGGGAGAUACAACAUAUUACAACAGAGGAUGCUCCACAGUUGUACAGUGUGGUUCCCCUACAACAUAUUGCAAUGCUCUCACAAGUUCAUCCAAGACCAAGAUCAAGGCGUGCAAGAUCACAUGCUGUCAAUCAAAUUCAUGCAACAACAAUAAGUUUCCAUCAUUGAGUUAUAAUGGUGUUGAUCAUACUAAAGUUGGACAAGCAGCUUUCAUCAUGGGUCUUGUUACAGCCAUCUUGUUUGCUUCUUCAUGAGAUACACCGUGAAGACCAACAACCUAGACCUAGGCCCUUUACUCGGCUGACUUUGGCAGUUUUGGCAUAGAGAUUAUAAAUAACACUAGAGGAGUAAAAAAAAGGGAACGCGACUAUUGGGGGGCAAAUUCAAGUCCCGGAUGUGUAUUCGUGUUCCCAUUGGUGACGAGUUUCAAAUCAGCCAAUAAGAGCACGAUUUUAUAUCCGGGACUUGAAUUUGCCCCCCAUUAGCUGCGUUCCCAAUUUUUAAACUCGAUGCCUCCUCUAGUGUUAUUUAUAAUCUCUAUGAGUUUUGGUGCAAUGUACAUGUGACGUCAUGCUAGCCCAAAAUUGACAAAACCUGGCAAAGCCAGCCGAGUGAAGUCGGUCAGGGCUGCAUCAAAACAUUCUCUUUUUCUAUUAUCACUGACAUUUUCUUGUCCUAUUUCCUUAUUUUAUUGUAUUGUAUUACUUUUUUAGAGUACUUCACUUAUUUGAGUUAUUAUAAAACACCAUUAGGUUACUCUUUAUUAUUAUUCAUGCAAAAUCUUUGUAUGUAUUAAACUUUAUUAGUAAACUGCAAGUCGUGUGCUUUUUAAUGUC